CACGGCAUUAGGCUACUGAAACCUGUCAGAUGUAGGCAGCAGGGGUUGGUAUUGAUGAUGGGACUGUUCAGAUGCAGACUUGGUACAACCCAACACUCCAAGAGGUCUACUUAAAGUUCACGCCGAACAACAUUCUCGACUCUAGCACAUCACUCGCCUCAAGUUUUCCAUCGACACAGCCAUUUUACUAUCCACUCUCAAGCUGUACCUGACGCCAAAAAUGCUCUUCCUUGCUCUCCCAAUCCUGGCCUGUGUCGGCUUCACGGCCGUAGGUGUGACAGCUGGCUCCUUCGCUGCCCUCUGGCAAUCUGCUUUCGGAACUGGACCAGUCUUCAACACACUCCUGAGCGCCGGAAUGGGUGGUGCUCACGCCGUCACUGUUGUAUCCACCAGCACUUCGGCCAUCUUUGGUGCUAUGUUCUACGGUAUCAAGACGCCCAUCAUGCCGCCUCCCAAAGAACUUGAGUGGUGGGAGACAGACGUGUUCAAGAAUGUUGUUGGACUCGCUGUGCUACUGUCAACCAUAUUGCUGAUUGUACUGCGCCUUCGCCGCUAUCUUCACAGAAAAAAUUGA